AGUGCCGCUGUCAUGGCGUCCGAGGCGCUGGCUGAGGAGAACCCGCCGCGGUCUCUUUAGAGCGAGGGGCUGGCGGCUGGGUAUGGAGAGCGGCCCCGGGAGCCUGCAGCCGCUAGAACACGGGGUGGCCGCCGCGCCAGCGCCAGGGACAGGUUCUCCGCAGGAAGGGCGUCCGGAGACCAGGCUCGCCGCCGGGGAUGGUCCUGGAGUAUGGGCGGCGGAGAGCAGCGGCGGGAAUGGGCAGGGGGCGGCGGCCGCCGGGAGGAGCCUCUUGGACUCGGUUUCUCCCGCCGGCUCUCCUCGGGUCCCCGGACCCUGCAGCUCCUUCCCGGGCUUGGACUUAAAGGAGGGCGAUCCGGAGAGUCCCGCUGCCCAGACGACGCCUCCGAGAGGGCAGCACAAGGUGACCGCCUCGGAGACAGUCGAGGCCGGAGCGGACCAGGGAUCCGGUCCUGCCGGGGACGCCGGCCCCCGCCCGGGGCCCGCCGGCACCUGCCGGGCGGAGUUGGCGGCCGCCGGGGCCGAGGAGCCCAGCGGCGCGGGCGGCCUCAGCAGCAGCUGCAGCGACCCGAGCCCUCCCGGGGAAUCGCCGAGCCUGGACUCCCUGGAGUCGUUCUCUAACCUGCAUUCUUUCCCCAGUAGCUCUGAGUUUAACAGCGAGGAGGGAGCUGAGAACAGGGUCCCCGGGGAGGAGGAGGAGGGGGAGGGAGUGGGGGAGGGGGAGGAGGGGGGCGCGGGCGCGGGCGCGGGCGCGGCGGUGUUGCCCGGGGCUGUGCCUCUGUGCCGCGAAGAGGAGGAGGAGGAGGGGGAGGAAGCGCAGGUACUGGCGGCCUCCAAGGAGCGCUUCCCGGGACAGUCUGUCUAUCACAUCAAGUGGAUCCAGUGGAAGGAAGAGAACACACCCAUCAUCACUCAGAAUGAGAAUGGACCCUGCCCUUUGCUGGCCAUCCUCAAUGUUUUGCUUCUGGCCUGGAAGGUGAAACUUCCACCGAUGAUGGAAAUCAUAACUGCUGAACAACUGAUGGAAUAUUUAGGAGAUUACAUGCUUGAUGCAAAGCCAAAAGAAAUUUCGGAAAUUCAACGUUUAAACUACGAGCAGAAUAUGAGUGAUGCUAUGGCAAUCCUGCACAAACUACAGACAGGCUUGGAUGUAAAUGUAAAAUUCACAGGUGUUCGAGUGUUUGAAUAUACACCAGAAUGCAUUGUAUUUGAUCUUCUUGAUAUUCCUUUGUACCAUGGGUGGUUAGUGGACCCACAGAUUGAUGACAUUGUAAAAGCUGUUGGUAACUGCAGCUACAACCAACUAGUGGAGAAGAUCAUCUCCUGUAAGCAGUCAGACAAUAGUGAGCUGGUUAGUGAAGGCUUUGUAGCUGAGCAGUUUCUAAAUAACACAGCCACUCAACUGACAUACCAUGGAUUAUGUGAACUAACUUCAACGGUUCAGGAAGGAGAACUUUGUGUGUUCUUUCGGAAUAAUCAUUUUAGCACCAUGACCAAAUACAAGGGUCUUCUGUAUUUGCUGGUAACAGAUCAGGGGUUUCUUACAGAAGAAAAAGUUGUUUGGGAAAGCCUACAUAAUGUGGAUGGUGAUGGAAAUUUCUGCGACUCAGAAUUUCAUCUGCGGCCUCCUUCAGAUCCUGAAACCGUAUACAGAGGACAGCAAGAUCAGAUAGAUCAGGACUAUCUUAUGGCAUUAUCUCUACAACAAGAACAGCAGAGCCAAGAGAUCAAUUGGGAACAAAUACCUGAAGGAAUCAGUGAUUUGGAACUAGCAAAGAAACUCCAAGAAGAGGAGGAUAGACGGGCUUCUCAAUAUUAUCAGGAACAGGAACAAGCAGCAGCUGCUGCUGCUUCUGCUUCUACACAGGCCCAGCAAAGCCAGCCAGCACAAGCCUCUCCAAGUAGAAGACAACCUGGGAAUAGUGAACGUAAACGAAAGGAACCUCGAGAAAAAGAUAAAGAGAAAGAAAAGGACAAAAAUAGCUGUGUCAUUUUGUAACAAGUGUUGGAUUCUGUUGGAUGCAUCUAUAUGUCUUGAGAAACAAAACCACAGGAGGAAAGGAAGAAAAACCGAUAAAUACCGUCUGUGCCUGAUUUCCCAAUGGAUUUUGUUCAUGUUUUUCAGGGGAAAGGUUGUUACUUAGUUACAAUCAGACUUUUUCAAGUCACACAGUACACUCUUUAUGAGCUGGAGUUUCAUGUUACAAGUUGGAAAUGCUGUGUGUUUUCAUUCAUGAAAAAUACUUCACUUGUAGCCAAAUAAGCAAAUCACAGCAAAUUUUGUGUCAUAGUGACAUUCAUAACUCAUAUCAGUUAGUAAGCUAUUUUAUCUUCUGUUCUAACAAUGAAUGGAGGUAACUUAUUUCGUCUGAUUCCUUCCUGAAAUCUAAAUAUUAGCACAAUAGUUUCUGAAAUUAAUUUUUACAAUGUUAAAUUAUGAUCUAAUCCAAGAGAAACCAGGGGUUUAAUAUAGGGAUGUAAAAAGAGAGAAAAAAAAUACAACACAAACAAAAGAACCAUGACAAAAAAUAACAGAAAUAAAUAACCCUUAAUCCUAUAUUGGACUAGUUCAGCCCUUGAACAGCUUUACCUUUCUUUAGGAAUGUACAUUUUAGAUAUUAUCUUGAGAACUGAUAAUGGAGCUUGGGUUUAAUUUAGAUAGAAAAAAAUAAUUUGUAUUUCUUUUCCAAUAGCAAAAAAUUGCAUAACACUAAUACUCAUAGUCUAUCAAAAUCAGAUAUUAAUAACUUUGUAGUGUUGUGAAAUUUUGAGGAAUUUUGAAAUAUUUAAUAUAGGUAACUUGUACUACAGUUACUACUUAUUGACAGUGUGAGAACUGAGUAUAGGAAGGAAACCACAGUGGAUGCUAGGCCUUGUAAAUACGGGAUGUAGAAAAGCAGAUAGUUCAAUGUCUACCUUUUUCUAGAAUUACCUUGAACCUUAAAAUUUAAAUCAUGUUUAUUUGCUGGAAAAUUAAGUAUACUUACUAAAGCCAACAAAAAAAAAGCACAUUUCUGAAAGGAAUUUAGAAAUAAUUUCUGAGUCUAGUGAAAAAGCAUUAAUAAAAAUCUGUUUGAAAAUAGAUAAGAAUUGGGAGAAAUUUAUGUAAAAGCAAUCAGAUUUUUUUUUAACUUAUAGGAACCAACCAAAUAGACCUAUAACAUCUUGCAGUGUUUAUAGGAUUCAAAAAGAAUAUUUAUUGAACUUUAUUAUGAGGCAACACAUAUUUUCCUGUAUUUCUACUAUCCUUAAUAGUCCUUUUUAUAUGCUUUAUAUUUAAAAGUUUGUUUUAGUCAUUUUUGAAAAGACUAUUGCUGCUGCAAGUAGUUAUGUGAUUUACAUUCUAAGCCUCAGUAAAUUUGUUUAAGAGCAUCUUAAUCUAACCUGAGCAUCGACUUGGAGAAUGUUCUUGGGGUCUAGGAUGACAAUAGACUACAAAAAAAAUGUGGUCUAGAUUUCUUAAGCUAUGUCCUUAACAUUCUCCAUGAUCCAAGACCAUUUAUAGGAUGAGUCUAUAUGUAAAAAUAAAAAGUAAAGUCUUAUUUAUGGAAGGAAUUAUUCUAAGGGAAAAAUCCAGGGUCAAGCUUUAUGUCAUGUCCUUCUGUAUUGCAUGUCUGGUUAUGUUAUACCAUUUGUUUAUCCCUUCAGAUUUCCUAUGCUAGCAUGAUAAAUCAUCAUCAGAGAACCUGUUUGGGGUAUAAAACUUUGGUACAAAAUAUUUGGUGAGUCUUUAAUUUAAUAAUCAGAUGUUCUACAGAAUUCUCUGUUGGCUCAAGCAAGUUGACCUUAGUCCAAGUUUUCUCUUGAUAUCACUCUGUUGGUUGAAGGAGGAAACUCAAACCUCAGCAUUUGUUUUUCCUAGAACAGAUAGUAGGGACAAUGCAUUAUAUUAUAAUAUGAAAAGGCAAAACAGUAAAUCCUGAGAAAUUUUAAAAAGCAUAUUUGAGGCAUAUUUUCCAUAAUUAUAUACUUAUCUAUUUAUUACCCUUGAAAAAAUAUGUGUAAAAGUUAUUCUGUUAUUUGUUACUAUCUUCUUAAUUUGUUCCAAAGAUAAUACUGCCAUUCUGCAUUCCCUCUGGAAGAAAAAUAAAACUCACUCAAAACCAGCAGUGCUGCUAUCAGAUAAGUAGAUGUCAAUGUAUACUUAUAUAAAAAUAACUAAAAAACAUAAUGUGUUGUUAAUUCAACCUUUUUUCUAUGUAAUAUUUCCAAGUCAGACUUUCUUACAUUCCUGGAGUUCAGUUUGAUAUACCAAGAGUAAUAAUGAUAAAAUGUUUGAUUACUGUGAGGAAAAAAAUUAAAUGUUCAGUCCUAUUAAAACAAAUUUCUUGGAGAUACUGAUUUCCCAUCCUUGAAGAUUAGAGAGUUAUUGUGUCUUUAUUUUCUUAUAUUUUGCUCAAGGCAACAAAUUACAUAUUCAGACAUUUCAUUGGUGGUUUGGGUACAUGGAAUUUGAAAGUGGUAUAUUCAAGUCUUUCAUUCACAGUGUUUUGUAGUACUUGAAAACUGUUACAUGAACUGCUUGAGCAGAAGGUGGAACUUAAACAUUUUUGUUGUUAAUAUUUAUAGGCUAGAUUAAGGACACAUUUGCAUCAACCAAUCACUGUUAGAGCUAGCAAAAGCGACAUGAAUGUGAAUGGAUAUGGUCGCUGUACUUUCUUGUACUUUAUAAAGGCUAUCUCUUAAGUUUAGUGACCAGUCUUCGUUAGCAAUAUGAAAAUUGUCCUCAUGUGUAUCCCACUGAAUCAACAAUGCUGUGAUUUACAAUAGGUUAUCAACAUUUAAAAGUACUUGUGUGCCUGUUUGUAUGUGUGUGUGUAUCUGUUCUUCUGAAGCAAGGAUCCACGACUUCUAUUGUCAAAGCAAUCUGGGAACUUUCCCUCAAAUUUAAGAAUUAUCACUUAAAAAAAUACACACACACACACACACAUACAUACACCAAGCAGUCUGAAGCAGCUAAAAUUGGCAUUGGCUGCUUCCUGUAAUAUGCUGGUCCAGUGUGCUUAGGUGAAGUAACUUCUUCCAUGUUUCAAGGUGUCAGCUUAGCAGUCGAAUGAGGCAUAGAUUUAAGUUUAGGAUUAAGUUUUGGAAUAUAUUUUUUUAGUGUCUCAUAUUUCUAGUAUUUGACUACUUAUCCCAUAUUAUGUUUCAAAUUCUUCCGCAUACUUCUUGAUCUUAGCUUAAUUAAGCAAGUUAAUAACAGGUUAGUUGACUGAACCCAACAUUAACCAUUUUGUACUUGCACAAAACCUUAAUACUUUACUGAAUUAUCAGCUCAGGUCACUAAGUGAGACCUUGAGAGGAAGGAGGACUAGAAGUCAGAUAGAUAUUUAAAGAAGGAAUUGUUGUAGUCCAUAUAUUAAUGGUAAUGUCCUGCUGGAGAAAUAUUCAAGGCAAGAAUUACUAGAACUGUCCUCAAACUCAUUUAUUUAAAAAAAAAAUCUUUUAAGCAAAAAAAGUAAAUUGAUUACAUUUUACUUAAUUUCCUAUUAAAUAUACUAGUUAUUUUAAAAUAUGGAAAAUUUAGUUUGAUAAAGUAACAUGGAAGUAUUAAAGACAGUACAUAGUUUGUAUUUUAAGAAAAUACAAAUAUGGAAAUGUGGAAGUCUGAACUGUUUUAAGUCUAAAAAUCUGGCUUUCAUCUUUCCAGGGGCAAAUUUUCUGUGCCUCAGUUUAUUCUAAACAUGUAAAAGAUGUGCAUUUUUUAGUGCUUUAAACUCCUGAAUAAAGGGCAUAGUAAAAACUCAGAAUAUUACUUAAAUAAUCAUAAACCUUAUAGUUUCUGUUCUUGAGUGUGCAGAUCUUUUUCCCAAUGACAAUAUUUCUUAAAAUCAGCUUUUUUUAAUGCUGUUAAAAUGUGUAGAAUUAUCUUGUCUUUGAGUAUGGUAUCAUCUGUUCCCAAAAUGUAUUUUGUGGUUGCUUUUGUGUUUUGUGGACUGUAAGAUCAAAAUCAAGAGUAUUUUGAGAGUAUAAGAAGCAUUAAAAGUCUAUUUUUUUCCAAUA